AUGCCAGUGUUUUUGCCGCCGGCUCCUCCAGGGGCGCGGCGGCUCUACCGGUUGCCGGUUCCUCUCCCACUCCUUUCUCUCCGUCUUACCUGUAUUUUUGCCGCUUUCCUGUGUUUCUGUGCCUCUUUUCUCUCGCCUUGUGUCAUCCGAGCCUCCCUGUCGCCUCUCUUUGUGCUCUCCGACCAACCACAGGCCGUGGCUGCCAGCCGCGCCGUGCUUACUGCCGACUCCGAGAUCGCUGAUGACUCCGUCGCCUCGCAGACUCAAGAGACAAUCCAGUCUUCGUCUUCCUCUGCCAUUCCGGAGAAUCAUGGUGGCGCUGCACACUCCCAGACUGUGGAGCGCUCGCAAGCGAGCGCUCCGCAGUCUUCUCCAGAAGACCACGCGGUGUUUCCCGAAGAAUGGCACGUCCGCAUCAACCGUGAACCAGGUGAGGUGGGCAGAUUCGUUCCGCCUUCCCUGUUCGGUUCUAAGGCGAAAGACACAAACGGAGCGUCCAUCUCGGCGAGAUUCAUCGAGUCCCAACAACCGCCCCAGUCUGUAGCCGGUUCCCAGAGUGAGAACACCCACGCUGCCGGUCCUGGCCCUCUGGUGUCUCAGCACCGCGGGGGCCAGCAUCGGCAGGGAGCGCGCGUUGUGCCUGGGCAGCCUUCUCCUUCACUGCUUCUCGCUCGCGGAAAGCAGGAGUCGUUCGGCGCGGGAGCCGGCCGGAACUACGGCCAGUGGGAGACGCCGAGAUUCGAGCCAAUCGCACAAGACAGCAGAGAAUCUCAGGAGAGCGACGUGUCGAGCGGAGUACUCAAGUCCCAGCUGACACAGACGCAGCAGAGCCUUCCUCAGCAUGUGGCCGCUUCCCAGUUGCCUCUCGGUCGCGCGGCGAACCAGGGGAGUGACGAUUUCUCUGCAGUGCAAAUUCCUGGGGGCGGCGCUUUUUCUCCAGCUGGACAGUCUCCAUCCGAUGCGUCCUAUUUCAUGCAUGCACCCUCCGAGGGUCAACCGCCGGCUCUCCUCGUGGCUGCAUCGGACUCGGCACGCGGAGAUUCGGGGUUCGCUGGAAGACCCGGCGCGUCCGCGUCGGCGCCUGCGAGUGACAGCCUGAGACUGGCCCAGGUUGGGCGCCAAGGCCUGCCUCUGAGUCCGCGCCACGACGCCUUCUCUCCGCUUCAGUCGAGUUCAUUCUACGACCACAUCUAUCCUCCCGUCCACGCAGACGGAAGAGGUGAGAAAGAGUCUCCCGAGCGACACAGUGGAGGGCUUCUCUCGAAUUUCGCCGAGGGAGCACGCGACGCAAGCAAGCGGAGAGCUCCCACAUUCGCAUCUGCUUUUGGGCCGGGCGGGUUUUUGGAGGCCGUCCUAUCUCCCGACUUGGCGAGCGAAGUGAAGGCGACGGUGCUGCGGAAAACCGGAGAAAUGCGGAAGGCGUAUCUCCACCCAGGGUUGAACUCGCUUUCAAUGGCGAUACACUCGCUGUUCUCUCCAGAUCGUCCUAGCGAGGGAGACAGCGCGUCUCUCAGCGCAGAGACAAGGAAGUCGAGCAAGAGCCCGGGCUCUCACGUCCUUUCGGUCUCGCAAGCACGCCGGAGCGAUCGGGACGAAGCGCAGGGAAGAGGCGAGAGCGGCGCCAAACACCAGAAAGAAAACAGGCAAGGCGGAGUCGGUUCGGAGAUCUUUGCGAGUCUAGGCCUCGAGGAGGAGUUCGCAACCGGGAUGCACGCCCUUCAGAAAUUGAAGGAGGUCCUGGGCUUCGAGGACGCCGAGCCCGUGUCUCCUCCCCCGCCUUCGCCGCAAAGGAGAAAAAGGAGAACUCCUCCCUACCAGGUCCAGGUCCGCAAAAAGAUGGUAACCGUCAGCGAGUGGUACUUGCAUUCCCUCGGUGCAACGAUGAAUGGCCGCCGCGAAGACGACGAAGAUGCCCUCCUCGUCCACUCGCCUCUGGCCGGUUUUCCCCACGCGCGACUCGUGGGCCUCUUUGACGGCCACGCCGGUUACGAGAUUUCGCGGUUCUGCGCCACACACGCUUCGAAUUUCUUAGGUACAAUGGCGGAUUUUUCGGCCGCCUCUUUCAAGGCGGCGUGUCUCGCAAUGGACGAUGCAGCCUUCCACCAUUCGGGGCCUCUGCGCCGGUCAGGGUCUACAGGGAUCAUGCUGGUCAUCGAGCAAAAUUGGUCCCAGGCCGGCCGGCUUUUUUUCCGAGUGCAUGCGGCCAACGUCGGGGACAGUCGCGCCUUCAUCCUGCGCCGCGAUGGCUCCUUUCUCGCGCUUUCGAUAGACCACAAACCGAACGACCCAGACGAGCGGCAGAGAAUCGAGUCUGCCGGUGGCCACGUCAAGAGAAUGGGAAACGGUAUCUGGAGACUGGACGGCUCUCUGGCUCUCUCUCGAGCUUUCGGAGAUUUUAAACUGAAGCAGGAGCCCUCGCUCCCGGCAGAUGCCCAGAGAGUCGUGGCGGUCCCCGAUGUGGUGGAGACCAUCGCGUACCCCGGAGACAUUCUCUUCCUCGCAUGUGAUGGCAUGUUCGAGGCUCGGGGCAUGACGUGGUCAGGCGUCGCGAGUCUGCUGAAGGAGAGCUUGGACGAGACACAAGGCGACCUCCCAAAAGUCGCGUACAAGCUGCUCGACUCGGCGUUCACCAGAGGCUCGGGAGACAACAUCAGCGUGAUCAUUGCUCGUCUGGCGGAGUUGCGGUCAGCCACGACGACGGUCAGCAGAUUUGACUACGACGCGUCUGGUGGGGUGUCUGACCACGCCGUUGCUUUGAGUCACUGUCUUUCGAGCGACCGCGAGGUGUUUCGUGUUUUCGCCCGCUCGAUUCCGGCCGCGGUUUUCUGCAAAUGCGGCCCGGACGCGUUCCUGCGGUGUUCCUCUGCAGGCAACCUGGAAGUGCAACCGGCCGUGGUGAAUGGAGAGAUGGUGAGAGGGUAUCGGACGGCGGACGGCGUUGUUGCCGUGCACCCUGCAAAGGAGCCUUUAACCGUUACACUGUUUUAA